UGACAGCGAGACUCUGUCUCAAAAAAAAAAAAACAAAAAAACUGACAAGGUGGUUGAACCUGUACCUGCUAACUGUCGUGGUUCACCACUUCCUGAGUGGAUGAUGUGGGACCAGUUCGUUAUCUGAAUCCAGGCUGUUUUAGGUAUAAACACAGGUGAAAUCUGUGAAUGGCUGUUCUGAUAAUUAAAUAAGGCUUCUGCUGUCUUCUGACCCAUAUACUGCUCUUCAGUAGGUGACGUGGAUAUUACUAAUCCUCAACAGAGUAUACUGGGUAUAGUGGCUUUCACAUGUGUCAUCUGCAGAAACAAGCUAAUGCAUGAGGUUUGAUAACUGGGAAGUAAUGCUUCUUCGUUGUGGUUGCUAGGAAAUAGGGAUCCAGCCAUCCCUGGGUCAGGAGGGAUAGAGACUGCACCAUCCACACAGAUUCACAGGCCGUCCUGUAGUGGCCUUGGCUUCAGGAAAGGAGCAUUCAGACGCUUCCAUCAGCCUCCCAGGAUGGCAGCCCCUGACCUAGCCCACGGAAGUCAUGUUUCUAGGGACUCAGUCUGCCUUCGUGGAGAACAGACACAGGCAGCAGGGAUGGUGGCUGGCUGGCUGAUAAAUUGUUAUCAGGACUCAGUGACCUUUGACGACGUGGCUGUGGACUUCACCCAGGAGGAAUGGACUUUACUGGACCCGUCUCAGAGAGACCUCUACAGAGAUGUGAUGCGGGAAAACUACGAGAACCUGGCCUCAGUAGGACGUGACCUGUUCAAACCCAGCGUGAUCUGUUGGCUGGAAGAGGAAGAGGAGUUGAGGGCAGAGCAGAGAGGAGUUCUCCAAGAAUGGCGACUUAAAACCAAAGGGCCAGCACUUCGGCAGGAUAGAUCUUGGUUCAGAACAUCAAAUGAGACACAAACGCAGGCAAGAAGCCACAAUGGAGGGCAGCUCUGUGACCGCACGCAGUGUGGAGAAGCUUUCAGUGAACACUCAGGCCUCAGCACACACGUGAGAACUCAAAAUACAGGAGACAGUUGUGUGUCUAAUCAUUAUGAAAAAGACUUUUUUAUUCCAUGCCAGAAAACUUGGUUCAAAAUUGGAGAGCAGUGUUCUGUGUUGGAUCAGUGUGGAAAAGCCUUUAGCCCUACUCCAAAUGUUGUUUACCAACAAACAUGCACGCGGGACAAACCUCUUGACUGCAGUGACUGUGGGGAAGCAGUCCUUAAUCAGUCAUACCUUCAGGCACGUGUGGGAACUCACAGUGGAGAAGGAACAUGGAACUGGAAGCAGUGUGGGAAGGCUCUCACUCACUCCACAGGCUGUGCCACGCCUGUUGAAAUGCAUGCUGUCAGGAACCCCCACGUAUGUAGGGAAUGUGGGAAGGCCUUUAGACACACUGCUUACCUUACUAGUCACAUGCGAGUCCACACUGGGGAGAAGCCCUGUGAGUUGGAAGAAUGUGGAAAAGCCUCCCCUGUUGCUUCCGGCCUAACUGCACUUGUAAGAACUGAUGCUGCAGAGAAGCCCUGUGAAUGUAACGAAUGUGGAAAAACCUUCACUGGAUGCUCAGGUCUUUCUAAACACGUCCAAACAUGCCCUGGAAAGCAGCUCUCUGAAUGGAGGGACUGUGGGAAAGCCUGCAGUGGGUUUUAUCUACUGAAUGAACAUGUGAAAACUCGCAUGAGGGAGAAGCCCUUUGCAUGUAUGGUUUGCGGAAAAUAUUUUAGAAAUUCCUCCUGCCUUAAUAAUCAUGUUCGAAUUCACACUGGAAUAAAACCCUAUACAUGUAGCUACUGUGGGAAGGCCUUCACCGUGCGCUGUGGCCUUACUAGACACGUACGAACACACACGGGCGAGAAGCCAUACACGUGUAAGGACUGUGGGAAAGCCUUCUGUACGUCCUCAGGCCUUACCGAGCACGUAAGGACUCACACUGGAGAGAAACCCUAUGAAUGUAAAGAUUGUGGGAAAUCCUUCACUGUUUCUUCAAGCCUGACUGAACAUGCGAGAAUCCAUACUGGAGAGAAACCCUACGAAUGUAAGCAAUGUGGCAAAGCCUUCACAGGGCGCUCAGGGCUCACUAAACACACGCGGACACACACCGGGGAGAAGCCCUAUGAAUGUAAGGACUGCGGGAAAGCCUACAAUAGGGUUUAUCUACUAAAUGAACAUGUGAAAACUCACACAGAGGAGAAGCCUUUUAUAUGUAUGAUAUGCGGGAAAUCCUUCAGAAAUUCCUCAUGCCUGAAUAAGCACAUUCAGAUUCACACUGGAAUAAAACCUUAUGAAUGUAAGGACUGUGGGAAAACGUUCACUGUUUCUUCGAGCCUAACUGAGCACAUACGAACUCACACUGGAGAGAAGCCUUAUGAAUGUAGAGUAUGCGGAAAGGCCUUCACCACGUCCUCACACCUUGUUGUGCACAUAAGAACCCACACUGGAGAGAAACCCUACAUAUGUAAGGAGUGUGGGAAAGCCUUUGCUUCCUCCUCACACCUUAUUGAACACAGACGGACUCACACAGGAGAGAAGCCUUAUGUAUGUAACGAGUGUGGAAAAGCCUUUCGUGCCUCCUCUCACCUGCGUAAACAUGGAAGAAUCCACACUGGGCAGAAACCCUAUAAAUGCAAGGAAUGCGGGAAAGCGUACAGUAGGUUUUAUCUACUAAAAGAACAUUUAAAAACUUACACUGAAGAGCAGCUUUUUGUAUGUAAGAACUGUGGAAAAUCUUUUAAAAAUUCCUCAUGCCUUAACCAUCACGCUCAAAUUCACACUGAUGAGAAACCUUACUAAUGUGAGGAAUGCGGGGAAGCCGUCAGCUACACUAAUUCACGUGGAAGACAUGAAAGACCUCUCGCUCUCCAGAUGCCCAUCACUUGAGGAGUGUGGCCAUCAGCAUCGCAUCACAACCCGGCAGGCAGGAACUCAGCCUGGAGCCCUAUAGCAGCAGACGCAGAGAAAGCCCUCAAUGUGCUCUCGGGUCUUGCUAAAUACGGAAGGUAUCCAGUGGAGAGAACCUUAUUGACAUGUGAUACGUAGCAGCGUUGUUGCUGUUCUGCUCGGUACUUUGAUGAUCCCUCAUGAUCUCACAGUGAAGAAAAACCUUAGGAGGGUGAGAAUUGUUGGGAAGUCGUUCUUUACAUGACAUCAUUCCUCAAUCUUUAGUAAACGAGGGAUUGACACUUGAAGUGUUAUGAAUGUACAGAAGAUAGGAAUCACUUCCCCGUGUCCUAAAACCUUGUGGGCUAACAGAGACACGUCUUUCUGGGGGUUCUGUAGACGUAUUUUGAACCUGUAUGAUGCUGCACUGAUCAUUCUUGGAGUGAGGACUGUUCCCUGUAGAAAUCCUCCAGUCUGAUUGCUAUAUUGUCCGAGUCGCAGCCUGGCUAAGAGUGGGCCUGGAGGACUCAGAUGUGAUCCUGUGUGAGCAGCAUAGGCUCUGGUUGGUUAGUCUUGAGGACUCAGAUGUGAUCCUGUGUGAGCAGCGUAGGCUGUGGUUGGUUAGUCUUGAGGACUCAGAUGUGAUCCUGAGUGAGCAGCAUAGGCUCUGGUUGGUUAGUCUUGAGGACUCAGAUGUGAUCCUGUGUGAGCAGCGUAGGCUGUGGUUGGUUAGUCUUGAGGACUCAGAUGUGAUCCUGAGUGAGAAGCAUAGGCUCUGGUUGGUUAGUCUUGACUCAGAUGUGAUCCUGUGUGAGCAGCGUAGGCUGUGGUUGGUUAGUCUUAAGGAUCCAGAUGUUAUCCUGUGUGAGCAGCGUAGGCUGUGGUUGGUUAGUCUUAAGGAUCCAGAUGUUAUCCUGUGUGAGCAGCGUAGGCUCUGGUUGGUUAGUCUUGACUCAGAUGUGAUCCUGUGUGAGCAGUGUAGGCUGUGGUUGGUUAGUCUUAAGGAUCCAGAUGUGAUCCUGUGUGAGCAGUGUAGGCUCUGGUUGGUCUUAAGAUCCAGAUGUGAUCCUGUGUGAGCAGUGUAGGCUGUGGUUGGUUAGUCUUAAGGAUCCAGAUGUGAUCCUGUGUGAGCAGCAUAGGCUGUGGUUGGUUAGUCUUGAGGACUCAGAUGUGAUCCUGUGUGAGCAGCGUAGGCUGUGGUUGGUUAGUCUUGAGGACUCAGAUGUGAUCCUGUGUGAGCAGUGUAGGCUCUGGUUGGUUAGUCUUAAGAUCCAGAUGUGAUCCUGUGUGAGCAGCGUAGGCUGUGGUUGGUUAGUCUUGCUCUUAGGCAUGACCCACCUGUAGGAUCCCACACUGGCCAAGGUGGGGCAUAACACAGGUCUGCAUUUUAUGAAAAUGCCCUUGUUCCUCUCCCAUACCUGAUCCCUUCAGAUAAAACCAAAGGGGGCAAGGAGGGGCAGAGUGGAGAGGGGCGAGGUCAGUGCUGUGAGAUGCCCCCGUUUCAUGGCCGUGGAGGGAGAGCCACCCCCGCACACGUGGGGAGGAGGGAAUUCCUGUACCUCAGACAGUGCCGGAUGGGUGAGAGCCCUGAGUGUCCCUGUUGACCUCCAGAUCCUCUUCAUAGCAGAGCAGUCCUGGCGGCUGCUGCAAUCCGGCAGUUCUGGGUCAGGAGCCGCUUGUGUGUGCUGCCCCUUUGUGUACCAUGAAAACAGACCAGGGACGUGGCUGGUCCUGAUGUUCCACGGCGCUUGGCACUGUCACUGGCGCUUCCUGGAUGAGGCCCUUAAACACACCCAGCAGCAGAGCAAGGCCUGCGUGUCCGUGGCACGCAUGUGUGUCCUCUGGCUGCAGCAAUCUUGGGUUAGGUUUUUUGUGGCCAUCGGGGCAGCAGCUGCUUGGUGACUGUUUCUGUGGUGUUGAACCUCCACGGUAUAAAGGUAAUCUGCAGCGAGGUGAACAAUAAGUCCUGGACGGACAGACCCGUGCACCUUCAUGUUAUUACAUGUUUGAAAUCCUGGACGGACAGACCCGUGCACCUUCAUGUUACGUGUUUGAAAUCCUGGAUGGACAGACCCGUGCACCUUCAUGUUACGUGUUUGAAAUCCUGGAUGGACAGACCCGUGCACCUUCAUGUUAUUACGUGUUUGAAAUCCUGGAUGGACAGACUCGUGUACCUUCGUGUUACGUGUUUGAAAUCCUGGAUGGACAGACCCGUGCACCUUCACGGUACAUGUUUGAAAUCCUGAAUGGAUAGACCCGUGCACCUUCAUGUUAUUACAUGUUUGAAAUCCUGAAUGGACAGACCCGUGUACCUUCAUGUUACGUGUUUGAAAUCCUGGACGGACAGACCUGUGCACCUUCAUGUUAUUACGUGUUUGAAAUCCUGGAUGGACAGACCCGUGCACCUUCAUGUUACGUGUUUGAAAUCCUGGAUGGACAGACCCGUGCACCUUCAUGUUAUUACGUGUUUGAAAUCCUGGAUGGACAGACUGGCGCACCUUCAUGUUAUUACGUGUUUGAAAUCCUGGAUGGACAGACCCGUGCACCUUCAUGUUAUUACGUGUUUUAAAUCCUGGAUGGACAGACCCAUGCACCUUCAUGUUAUUACGUGUUUGAAAUCCUGGAUGGACAGACCCGUGCACCUUCAUGUUACGUGUUUGAAAUCCUGAAUGGACAGACCCGUGCACCUUCACGGUACGUGUUUGAAAUCCUGAAUGGACAGACCCGUGCACCUUCAUGUUAUUAUAUGUUUGAAAUCCUGGAUGGACAGACCCGUGCACCUUCACGUUAUUACGUGUUUGAAAUCCUGGAUGGACAGACCCGUGUACCUUCAUGUUACGUAUUUGAAAUCCUGAAUGGACAGGCCCGUGCACCUUCAUGUUACGUGUUUGAAAUCCUGGAUGGAUAGACCCGUGCACCUUCAUGUUACGUGUUUGAAAUCCUGGAUGGACAGACCCGUGCACCUUCAUGUUACGUGUUUGAAAUCCUGGAUGGACAGACCCGUGCACCUUCAUGGUACGUGUUUGAAAUCCUGAAUGGACAGACUCGUGCACCUUCAUGUUACGUGUUUGAAAUUCUGGAUGGACAGACUCGUGUACCUUCAUGUUAUGUGUUUGAAAUCCUGGAUGGACAGACCCGUGCACCUUCAUGUUAUUACAUGUUUGAAAUCCUGGAUGGACAGACCCGUGCACCUUCAUGUUAUUACGUGUUUGAAAUCCUGGAUGGACAGACCCGUGUACCUUCAUGUUACGUGUUUGAAAUCCUGGAUGGACAGACCCGUGCACCUUCAUGUUACGUGUUUGAAAUCCUGGAUGGACAGACCCGUGCACCUUCAUGUUAUUAUGUGUUUGAAAUCCUGGAUGGACAGACUGGCGCACCUUCAUGUUAUUACGUGUUUGAAAUCCUGGAUGGACAGACCCGUGCACCUUCAUGUUAUUACGUGUUUUAAAUCCUGGAUGGACAGACCCAUGCACCUUCAUGUUAUUACGUGUUUGAAAUCCUGGAUGGACAGACCCGUGCACCUUCAUGUUACGUGUUUGAAAUCCUGAAUGGACAGACCCGUGCACCUUCACGGUACGUGUUUGAAAUCCUGAAUGGACAGACCCGUGCACCUUCAUGUUAUUAUAUGUUUGAAAUCCUGGAUGGACAGACCCGUGCACCUUCACGUUAUUACGUGUUUGAAAUCCUGGAUGGACAGACCCGUGUACCUUCAUGUUACGUAUUUGAAAUCCUGGAUGGACAGACCCGUGCACCUUCAUGUUACGUGUUUGAAAUCCUGGAUGGAUAGACCCGUGCACCUUCAUGUUACGUGUUUGAAAUCCUGGAUGGACAGACCCGUGCACCUUCAUGUUACGUGUUUGAAAUCCUGGAUGGACAGACCCGUGCACCUUCAUGGUACAUGUUUGAAAUCCUGAAUGGACAGACUCGUGCACCUUCAUGUUACGUGUUUGAAAUCCUGGAUGGACAGACUCGUGUAGCUUCAUGUUAUGUGUUUGAAAUCCUGGAUGGACAGACCCGUGCACCUUCAUGUUAUUACAUGUUUGAAAUCCUGGAUGGACAGACCCGUGCACCUUCAUGUUAUUACGUGUUUGAAAUCCUGGAUGGACAGACCCGUGUACCUUCAUGUUACGUGUUUGAAAUCCUGGAUGGACAGACCCGUGCACCUUCAUGUUACGUGUUUGAAAUCCUGGAUGGACAGACCCGUGCACCUUCAUGUUACGUGUUUGAAAUCCUGGAUGGACAGACCCGUGCACCUUCACGGUACAUGUUUGAAAUCCUGGAUGGACAGACUCGUGCACCUUCAUGUUACGUGUUUGAAAUCCUGGAUGGACAGACCCAUGUACCUUCAUGUUACGUGUUUGAAAUCCUGGAUGGACAGACCCGUGCACCUUCAUGUUAUUACAUGUUUGAAAUCCUGGACGGACAGACCCGUGCACCUUCAUGUUAUUACGUGUUUGAAAUCCUGGACGGACAGACCCGUGCACCUUCAUGUUAUUACGUGUUUGAAAUCCUGGACGGACAGACCCGUGCACCUUCAUGUUAUUACGUGUUUGAAAUCCUGGAUGGACAGACUUGCGCACCUUCAUGUUAUUACGUGUUUGAAAUCCUGGAUGGACAGACCCGUGCACCUUCAUGUUAUUACGUGUUUGAAAUCCUGGAUGGACAGACUGGCGCACCUUCAUGUUAUUACGUGUUUGAAAUCCUGGAUGGACAGACCCGUGCACCUUCAUGUUGCGUGUUUGAAAUCCUGGACGGACAGACCCGUGCACCUUCAUGUUAUUACGUGUUUGAAAUCCUGGAUGGACAGACCCGUGCACCUUCAUGUUAUUACGUGUUUGAAAUCCUGGAUGGACAGACCUGUGCACCUUCAUGUUGCGUGUUUGAAAUCCUGGAUGGACAGACCCGUGCACCUUCAUGUUAUUACGUGUUUGUUGUGGAGAGGAGUGGGUCAUGCAGUGUUUCUCUUGUGGGACUGAGUGUGACUAUUUAGCUCAUCUCUUGCCACCUUUACUUAUUGGCAGUGACACUAAAGGUCGUCAGAUUAGUGUGAACCACCCUGUGGGGUUGUAGCGGCUCCUGGACUGGUCUCAGAUGCCAUCCCGGUUGGCGGAAAUAAGUCCUGCAGGUGUCCGCUGGAACUGACUCCCAGUGUCUGAGUCCAGAACGUGCGGGUCACAGGUGAUGCCACAUCUGCAUCACCCUGGUGCUCGGACUCCGAGUGACAGCAUCCUGAGCAGGCGGUAGCCCAGACACCACCCUGCCUGAUACGCCCCCGGUGGUGGAGACAUCACCCCAGCCUAGACCUCGUUAAGAUGACUCCCCUGCCUUCACUGGAGGUGACUUUACACACUUCUCCAGAACCGCCUCAGCAGCGAUGCCCAUGGACCGGUGUUCCUAAGGCGCAAAUUCGAUAUUUGAGAUUCUGAGAUGAGCUGAGCUUGCUGUCCGCUAACCCGCGAUCCUGGUGUAAUCUCAGUCAGAACCUACAGCCCUGCACCUCUUGCCUGUAAGAAAAUCUGUUAGGAGUUAGUAGUGUCUGUGAAGUCUUGAUAAUUGAUAACAAAUUUUUUUGUUUCACCAGGAGGCACCUGCCUCCUAUCAGCCUCUGGGGAGGCCACCGUCUGCCCAGUGCCUUCUCCUCCCCUGUAGCUUUCCGUCUCAUCGCCUUACUCCCUUGACUUGGCUUCACACAGAGCCUCUUCUUUACACAUUCUAACUGUUCACUUCGUACCCUCCUGCAGCAGAACUACAGAGCUGCCACCCUGAUCAUUGUCAAACUCAUCCCUUCAUCAGCUUUAUAACUCCUCAAGGAUUUUAUCACUGGACCCCCAACAUUUCGAAGUGAUUUUCUUGAGUAAUACCAUAUGCUGUGAUGUGGAUGGGAUUGGCUUGUCCUCACCAAGUCUCAUGUUGAGCUUUGACUCUCAGUGUGGCAGUGCUGGGAGGGGGCCUGGUGGGGGUUUGGGUCAUGGAGGCACCCUCCUGAAUGGUUGGAUACCAUUCAUUCUUGCUCUCUCAAGCCUGGAUUGGUUCGUAGGGGAAUGCAUUAGUUACCAGGAGCAUGGUGGUGAUAAAGCCACGCUGUCCCUCAGGUUUGGCUCACUGCCCCUGACCUUCUCUGCCCUGUUUGACACAGCAGAUAGUCCUCACCAGAAGUAGGUUGGAUGCUAGUGCCAUGCUUGUACAGCCUGCAGAACCAUGAGCCAAAUAAGCCUCUUUCUAAGUUACCCAGUGUCAGAUACACAGCAACGCAGACUAAGACACCACGCAUGAUGGAAAACUGGGUUAUGGGCAGGACUGCAAGUACUGCUUGUGCAGAUACCUGUAUUUCUCCUCCUGACUCCCAGAACGUGUUCUAUGCCACUUAGGGCAACUUACGCUCUCCUGUGUGACAAUCUCCACUCCUGAUGUCUGAGGAUUCCUCAGUGUAAGGUAAAACAUUAAAGGACCAAUUGUAUUAAUAGUGUUCUAUUUUUUUUUUAUUAGGAUACAUUUUCAUCCUGGGGUCUUGCUGUGGGGGCUAGACCGACCCUCCCAGGGCUAGAUCAUUUCUAAAGAUGGUAAACAACUUGCUGGGAACACCAGUGCAUAUGCAACUCAACUCACUGCAUAUGCAAAUCGACACUGCAUAGCAAAUUGACACUGCAUAUACAACUCAAGUCGCACUGCAUAUGCAACGUAACUGGCACUGCAUAUGCAAAUCAGCUCGCACUGCAUAUGCAAAUCAGCUCGCACUGCAUAUGCAAAUCAACUGUUGCAAGUACUUAUUUCCAGCCACUUCCUUUUUCUAACUACCACACCAAGCCAAUAUUUCUCCUCCCUGAAGUCAGCCCAGGAUGAGGCACUAGACAGUGGGAUAUGCUCUGUGCCCUUGGGCCUGCUGGAAGUAUGCAGACUACCCAGCCUCAGACUUCAUCCUGCCCUGUCCUGCCUUUCCUGUGAAAACCCUGUAGCCUCUGCCUCCCCUGGACCUGACUUCUGCCCCCACGCAGCUCUGCAGCUUCCCUGGGGCCCUGUCUGCAGUGUUUUGUCCCUUCUCUUGACACUGUGAGUGAUAAACUUCUUUCCAUGUCAGUAACUAUAUGUGUUCACUCACUCACCUUGACGAGUCCACAUCCAGGCCCCACCAGUGGUGUGGUUUUCCUCAUAGUCUUUCUACCUAAGCACAUGUCCAUGACAAGGUCUUACCCAGCCCAGGCAUUCUUGAACUAUCUGUAAGAGCUGCCGUGUUGACUCCUGGGCAGUUUUAUUCUUUCUCUCUACUGGUUCAACCUCAUUAGGGAGUGACAUUUUUUCCAAAGUGGUUGUGAAACAGCAUCUCUUUGGGGUGCUGGUUUGCACUUCUCUUGAUUAUUGAUAGUAUGAACAUGGUUUUACUUACGCUGGCUAUUUUCCUUUUUGGAUGAAAUACCUGGACUUGUUUUUUCCUGAUUUGUUUGGUAUUUGUUCUUUUUUAGAAAUGGGGAGGCUGUUGUGAGGUGAGAUGGGGAGGCUGUUGUGAGGUGAGAUGGGGAGGCUGUUGUGAGGUGAGAUGGGGAGGCUGUUGUGAGGUGAGAUGGGGAGGCUGUUGUGAGGUGUGAUGGGGAGGCUGUUGUGAGGUGAAAUGGGGAGGCUGUUGUGAGGUGAGUCACCGCUUGUGACUUAGAAGAUUGUAGUGGUUUCCACUUGACCUGUUUUCACUUUUGUGAUGGUGCCUUAAGGAAAAAGGAAAAAGAUUUCGCUGGGCGCGGUGGCUCAUGCCUGUAAUCCCAUCACUUGGGGAGGCCGAGGCGGGUGAAUCACGAGGUCAGGAGAUGAAGCCCACCCUGGCCAACAUGGUGAAACCCCAUCUCUACUGAAAAUAGAAAAAUUAGCUAGAUGUGGUGGUGUGUGCCUGUAAUCCCAGCUCUUUGGGAGGCUGAGGCAGGAAAAUCACUUGAACCCAGGAGGCACAGAUUGCAGUGAGCCGAGAUCACACACUGCACUCCAGCCUGGCAACAGAGUGAGACUGUCUCAAAAAAAAAAAAAAGGAAAAAGAUUUCUUAAUUUUGGCAUACUCAAAUGUAUACAACCUUUCCUUUAUCUUCAUCAGAAAUUUCUUUUCCUCUAAGGCCUUGAAUGCACUGUACUGUUUUGGUUUCCACA